UCCAGGUCUCUACAGCCAGUCAGUCUGCAACACAAGGAAGAUGAAGCUGAGUCUUUUCUCUGCUGUCCUGGCCGUGCUGCUGGGCCUUUCGGCUCAAGAAGAUUCCACGGGACAACCACGUGAAGGAGUGACGACCCAGAGGCCCUACCGUUUAGAUGUAACUUCAAAAAUUCUGGAGGCAAAUAAAGGAAGCGGCCAUAUUCUGGUGGAAGGUGACGUCGCCCUUUCGAAGAAGAGGAAUGCCAUGAAAUGCUGGAGCGGCCACUGCAAGUGGAGCAAAUCCUACAAUGGAUUGGUUGAAGUGCCCUACAGCCUCAGUGAUUACUUCUAUGACACAGAGAAGGCCUCAAUCAAGGACGCUAUGGAAACUUUCCACAAGAAAACCUGCGUACGCUUUGUUCCUUAUCAUGGCCAGUCUGAUUACCUCAGCAUCGUGAGCGAACUUGGGUGCUGGUCUUCUAUCGGCAGAGACGGAGGUGAGCAGCUGGUUUCUCUGUCGGUGUAUGGCUGCCUCGAGCGUGGGAUCAUUCAGCAUGAGCUCCUCCACGCGCUUGGCUUCCACCACGAGCAUACGAGGAGUGACAGGGACAAGUAUGUCAAGAUUCACUGGGAAAAUAUCUCAGAAGCACAUGCCUACAACUUCCACAAAGCGGACACCAACAACUUGUACACUCCAUAUGAUUAUUCCUCUGUUAUGCACUACGGAAGGACUAACUUCGCGUCAGUGUUCGGAGCAGACACCAUUACUCCCAUUCCAGAUGACUCUUUGCCAAUUGGACAGAGGAAUGAAAUGUCUGAUAUUGAUAUCCUCAGAAUCAAUAUAUUAUAUGAAUGCAACAUUUGAAAGAAAAUCAAUACAAAUCUGCUCUGCAACGAGCGCAGUUCUAUUGUUGAUUCGUCUGUAUCAAAAUCCCAAUUGAAUAAAUAUUGAUAUAAAGCUUUCGCCUAAAGUACCCUUGAUCUUGAUUGAUGACUUUAUUAAAUCUCCAAGUAAAUGAAAAGAUUUGUUGUUUUCAAAUGUUAAGCAAUGGUAUCAAGUGUUCUCUUUGCACACACAGUACAGAAAAACCAUCAAAGACAAGAAUGAGGCAAAAGGGAUCGCAAUAGAAAACACAACUGCAGCCACAGUCACAGAACACAAAUAAUUAACACAUCAUGGUGUUACCUUUUCCAAACUAGUUUUAUUGAGACCAUGAUUUGUCAUUGUUUCGUUUAUCCUAACAUAUCUCCACCAAUUAAAAUCAGCUGCAAAACAUUUUGCCUGAUAGAAUAUUGACAUCGUAUCAAAAUGUAACAAAGGUACAAAUGUCAAAGGUUGCUGACCAAAUCAGUAAAAAAAAAAUAAAAGUUAAACCUG